AUGUCUGUUACCAGAGUUCACGCUCGUCAAAUUUUCGAUUCUCGAGGCAAUCCCACCGUUGAAGUAGAGGUCACUACUGCCAAGGGCGUUUUCCGUGCUGAUGUGCCUUCAGGUGCAUCCACUGGUAUCCAUGAAGCCCUUGAACUUCGCGACCAAAUCAAAUCUGACUAUUUAGGAAAAGGUGUCCUUAAGGCCGUCGAAAAUGUCACUCAAAUCAUUGGUCCUGAACUUGUUAAAUCAGGACUCAAUGUGGUCGACCAAAAGGCUAUUGAUCACUUCCUUCUCGAACUCGAUGGUACCUCCAACAAGAGUAAACUUGGUGCUAAUGCUAUCUUGGGUGUCUCCUUAGCCGUGGCUAAGGCAGGUGCUGCUGAAAAGGAAGUUCCUCUCUAUGUUCAUUUUGCUGACUUGGCUGGCUCCAAGAAACCUUUUGUCUUGCCAGUUCCUUCUUUUAAUGUGAUUAACGGAGGCAGUCAUGCCGGCAACAAAUUAGCUAUGCAAGAAUUUAUGAUUAUGCCCACGGGUGCUUCCUCCUUUUCUGAAGCCAUGAAGAUUGGUACUGAAGUGUAUCAUACAUUGAAGAGUGUGAUCAAGUCCAAGUAUGGUCAAGAUGCCACUAAUGUAGGUGAUGAAGGUGGCUUUGCACCCAAUAUUCAGGACAACCGUGAAGGUCUUGAAUUGCUCGUAACCGCCAUUGAAAAGGCUGGUUAUACUGGUAAAGUCAAGAUUGCUAUGGAUUGUGCUGCUAGUGAAUUUUAUGUCGAUGGAAAAUAUGAUUUGGAUUUCAAGAAUCCCAACUCCAAUCCUGAAGAACGCCUUACUGGACAACAACUCGCUGAACUCUACACAUCCUUUGCUGAGAAAUAUCCAAUCGUUUCUAUUGAAGAUGCUUUUGAUCAAGAUGACUGGAAUAACUGGGCUCAUCUUUUGAAAAAUUCUGAUAUCCAAUUAGUGGGUGAUGAUUUGACUGUGACUAACCCUAAGCGUAUUGCUACUGCCAUUGAAAAGAAAGCUUGUAAUGCUCUUUUGCUUAAGGUCAAUCAAAUCGGUACUGUGACUGAAUCCAUUCAAGCUGCUUUAGACUCUCAAGCUGCUGGUUGGGGUGUCAUGGUCUCUCAUCGUUCUGGUGAAACCGAGGAUACCACCAUUGCUGACCUUGUUGUUGGUCUCCGUACAGGUCAGAUCAAGACAGGUGCACCUUGUCGCUCCGAGCGUCUUGCCAAAUUAAACCAAUUGCUUCGUAUUGAAGAAGAAUUAGGAUCACAUGCCCUUUAUGCUGGCGAGAACUUCCGUAAAGCUCAUGAAUUAUAA